UUGGCGACCACUUAGCGUCGAGGUUGGAACUUUUUCGCAGCAAUUUGUGGCCUGCACAGGUUGCGGAGUUGUUGGGUGAAUUAAUUUCUUUUUCCUGAAUCGAAACUCCAGUCAGCAGUCAGUGAUCGGUGGUCAGUUGGCAAGUGGAGCAAGUACUUUUGGCAUGAAGCCUAAGAAAGGCGCAUUUGCCAACUCCUCGUCGGGUUAUGGCAAAUCGCGCAACAGCUUUCGCAAUAAUGCGGGCAAGCAGGAGGAAGCCGAUGCCAAGGUGGAGGAGAAGCUCAAGGCAGAUAAAUGCAAGGAGUUGCACUCGGAGAAUGAUCUGAACUCUGGUUUUGGCGAUUACCUGCGUUCGCCGGAAGCCGUGGAGAUUAUGAAGCUCUUUGUUUUCGCCAACACCAUYAUGCUGAUUGUUACAAUGGCCUGGCCGAAUUUCAAAGAGCAGUACUACAUGUUGCGAGAAUGGUUGGAGUCCUUCCAAGUGGCGCAGUAAUUUGCGUAAGACAA